GCAGGUGGCACUUUUGUCUACGAGUGAAAGGUCUGCCACCAUGUCAAGAGACAACAACCUAAGGUGACCCUGACAACGCAGCCAAAGCCAGGGUCACUGUGCAUGGGGGAAUUUCUUCUUGACAAAACCAAGCUCACAAAAAACACAUAAUUGCUGCUCUUUGGAAUAAAUGCAUAAACUGGGGAGCCUCGCUUUAGCCAAAUUGGCUAAAGUUUUCAGCAGAUUGUCCACAAGACUAAAGAGCACUGGAGGAGGACCUUCAGCCCCACUGGGUUCACGGAUUCUGACCAAUCCUGAUGACAUCUUUAAGCACAACAUGUGGGAUCAUGUACAGUGGACAGAGGAGGACAAAGAAAAUGCACGGCAGAAGGCACAAGAAAAUUCCUGUGAACAAAUUCCUUUAAAAGAACAAGGCAAAUUUGACACAGAGGCUUACCAGUACUGGGACAAGUUUUAUGAGAUGCACCGGGAUAAGUUCUUCAAAGAUCGCAAGUGGCUGUUCUUAGAAUUCCCAGAACUGCUUCUUUCAGAUACAAAAAAAGCCAAAAGCCAAGCCACAACCAGGCAUCAAGGUGAUCAGCAGGCGGAAAUCCCGCUACCUAGUGGAUCCAGCAAGGACACAGAGACUAGACACCAUCAACAAAGUGGCACCACUCACCAUCACAGCCACAACUCCAAUUGUCAGAAGGCCUGUCAAAGAGCAUUAGAAAAAAAUGAAGAUGACAUACAGACUUCUACUUUCCCUGGACAACAUGCAUCCUUCAGGAUCUUGGAGGUUGGAUGUGGGGUUGGAAACAGUGUGUUUCCCAUUGUUAGUUCCAUAAAGGAAACAGAUGCAUUUUUAUACUGUUGUGACUUCUCCCCACGUGCCAUUCAGCUGGUCAAGGACCAUCCAGACUACAAUGACUCUGUGUGCCAUGCCUUCAUCCAUGACAUUUGUGAAGAGAUGGCCUCCUUUCCCUUCCCUCUGCAGAGUCUGGAUGUUAUACUGGCAGUCUUUGUGCUCUCCUCCAUUCAUCCAGAGCGAAUGCAAGGAGUCGUGAACCGACUGUCUACGUACCUGAAACAUGGAGGGAUAUUCCUGUUCCGUGAUUAUGGGAGAUAUGACUUCUCACAACUCAGGUUUAAGAAGGGACAGUACUUAUCAGAGAAUUUCUACACACGUGGAGAUGGAACCUGUGUUUAUUUUUUCACAAAAGAGGAGGUUCAUGAUUUAUUUUCUAAUGCUGGACUGGAAGAAAUUCAGAAUUUGGAGGACAGGCGACUGCAAGUCAACAGAGGAAAGAAAGUUGCAAUGCACCGGGUUUGGAUGCAGAGCAAGUACAGGAAAUCAUAUCCAACUUCACCAUCUUAACAAAUCAAAAUGCACAGCCUCAUUCAGAACUAUAUGCCUUUUUUAUAAUUUGCUUCUUAUUCAUUCGAUCCUGGUAACUGUAUUUUUUUUUACUUUUGUUUUACAUGUGUAAAAAAACUAAA